AUGAAGCUCUUUGAAAGUCUGCACAUUUUUGAUUAUUCGUGGGAACAAGUGACUGCCGCCAACUGGCAAAAAUACCCCAACGAGCUUUCCACACACGUCGUGAGUGUAGACAUCUUAAACAGAGAAAUCGACCCCGUCACCAACGUGUUACGUACUGAGAGAUUGAUCGCAUGCAAACAACCUAUUCCUAGCUGGCUCCGUGCUCUUGUCGGCGGAGAUGAGUUUUCAUAUGUUCGUGAAAUUAGCGAGGUGGACUUGGCCAAGAAGACCUUGGUAAUGAAGUCUUCCAAUAUGACAAUGAGCCAUCUUCUCUUGGUCAAUGAGACUGUCACAUACACGCCUGACUCUGAACUCCCCGAGGGACGUACAAAGUUCGAGCAAGAGGCAGAGAUCACGGCGUUCCUGUCCUGGUCCAGUAUAUGCAACAGGAUUGAGGAUUGGUCUGUGGAGAGAUUUGGACAGAAUGCCACGAUCGGCAAGAAGGGAUUCGAGUUGGUCCUCAACACUCUUUCUCAGAAGUUGGAGCAGUCCGAGGUGCUCGUAAAAGAUGUCGGAACAUCCAUCUUGAAGGAGAUUGACGAGGUCAACGACUUGACCCACGAGCUUGUAAAUGAUGUGACUGUCAAGACCAACUCCGUUUUAAGCCAGGUUCAGAGACUCAAGGGUUUCUGGAGAAACUAG